UCUGGAUUGGGUUAACUAUAUUUGGGUCUUGUGAUCGAUCUGAUCUUUUUGGUCUAAUUUGAACUGAUUCAAAUUUUUCUAAUCUAAAACAUAGUGGAUCAAAACCAAACAUAGUGGAUAAUUGGUCGUGGAAGCUCUGGUAGGGUUUUCCCAGUGAAGAGAGAUAUGCGUGAAGUUAUUGUUCACUUCUGAGACUGUUCAUAGCCAAAUCGUUCUGUAAAAGCUUCGAUUUAGGUUUUUGUUUCUGGAAUUGAGGUUUGUAGGUUGCUGAUACUCGUACUACGAACUCCUUGACAGAGUGAGGAAAGGUUGUUCGGUGGAUACCAAGAAGUCCGGACAUUUCGUUGUUCACCUGCGACUGUCUUUCCCAAUCUCCUGCUUUCAUCCAGCUAUGAUGAGGAAGAUGCAGGGGUCUGUGACCAGGUCCCGGUUUGCUAUCCCGGCAGACACAGAUGAGGAGUUCCCAGCUCUAUCUGAUGGAAUCCGUGCGAAGAAGACUGCAAAACUAACUGAUGUUGCAUCUUUAACUCUCCUGCUCUGCUCUACUCCCAUUACCUCAGUCUUCACUAUCCCCACAUAUUCAUCAACUGCAGAAGAUGGCAGCACAAUCAAUGAAAAACAUGAAAAGUCAACUUCAGGCACAGGUCCUGAAGCUGCCAAAUCAGCAAAAACAGAACCGGCUUGAAAACAAAAUUACUUGGCUCAUGAAAAUGAUGCAAAUGCAUGACUUUAUUUUGGUGAGUCAUGACUUUAUUUUUUAGAAUCAUGACUUUAUUUUAUAGAAUCAUGACUUUAUUUUUUAGAAACAUGACUUUUUAAUGUAGUUGGUUCAAACCAUUAUAUACAUCAUGUUUGAUACUUGCAUAAUAGUAUAUGUGAUAUAUUCUAAGUAAUGCGCCUUACAUGAGUCAGGUGAGCGUUUUUUUGCACCUUGCGCCUCAGGCGAUGGGAGUACUCCGUCGCCUUUAGUGCGCCUCACAACUUUGACUACCUUGCUAGAAACUAUUUAUUGUCAUACUCUUAAUGAAAUAUAGGUCAUUGUAAAUCAGUUUAAUACUUAUAAUGUCCUAAUAUAACUUCCAGUCUUCCACAUGUGCAUUAAGGCUCCACAAGAGUUGAGCAUGUACAUCAAAACUUUAGUGCACCACUGCACCAUUCCAGGACAAAAAAACAGAGAUAGUACAAUACUAAGAAAUUGAAAAUAUGAUAUGAUAUAUUUUCAAACCAUUAUCAUAACAACACUGCAAAAUUAGGAGUUUGAACGAUGAAUAUAACUGACAGGGGGGGGGGGAGAGGAGUGGUCAUAAUGUUUUCCAUCUUGCUUCAUAUGCUCUACUGGCCCCUAAAACAAAUCAUCUUCUUGAAUGUUUUCUUGUGGAGCUUCUCGUGUACUAAUCUGAAUUGGGGUAGCAGUCUUGGAUGGAGAGGAAGCAGUAAGCGACCAUGAAUGUGCUUCUGUUGACCAUGAGGUUUCUGUGGCUCCUCCUACAGCAAGUUGAGUGGGACCAUGUUUCUGUGGUGCUGGCACUUGAAUGUGCUGCUGUUGACCAUGAGGAGCCUUCUUUCCUUGCUCCUUCAAGAUGUCUCUCAAAGAUGUGGGUUUUGGUAUUUUUCCAGAGUCAGACCACGCGGGAGUAGGAGCGGAAGGGUUUGCACUCUCAGCCUUCCAUAAAACAAAAUCUCCCAGAGAAGGGCCAAAAGGUACAGCAGGUAAGCAUCUUUAUCCGUUUGAGAUUGACGAGAACCACUCUUGCCUUUGUUCUCAAUGAGGCUUGAUGAUCCUUCAGAAAUUUCCACAGGAAGAACAACAUGUGCCGAGUUCCUAGAUGACGCAGCCUUUGCUUUUGCCGACUUCUUGCGAUUUUUUUCCGUAUUUUUUAUUUCAAUAAAAGUUUCACCAUCAUCUUCAAUAUCAGACACCUUUGUUCCAUCAUUUUCACUUCCCUCUGGUUGUGCAUUCACAUUAUUGACCACAACUUUGUUUUUUUUCCUGUCCAAUACUCCAAUGUUUCAGGUUCAGAGGCUACAUCUAAUGCGGUUGGAUAACCAUGUGCUUCAGAUAUCACAUGAGAAAGAACAAUGCCCUUAGAUUCUGAUGACUUUGAGUUUUUUUGUCUGAGACGAUCCAUUCCCGCUGUCAACAGCCUGCAUUUUACCAGACUUUUUCUUUUUUGGUUUCUUCUCUAUGGAUUUCUUAACUUCACAUGAUGCAGUACUCUUCGUGUCCUUCAGAGAAGAUGACUCAACAUCCUUCAUUUCAUUAUUUACCACGGACAAUUCAAAGGCUCUUUGAUCACCUUCACAUUGUUGAUAUGCUUUUUGCACUAGCAUAUGAGGUGAAGUGUAAGAGUACAAUUCACUAGCUAUAUCACUAGCUAAUAAUGGCCUGGGGCAAAGCAUUGACAGUAGUAACUCACCACUUUCUUUCAUUCUUUUUUAUUUUCUUAUUUACUUGUUUAGAAUUUUGGCAAUAGCCUGUUGUGUUUUGUAAUUCCAUUUUUGCUUAGUUGUUUUAUUUUGUAGUUUAGAGGUGAAAUUUUACUUAUUUAUAGGAAAGAUGUACUAAGUUGAACUAGUGUGUGAUUAAUGUAAUGUUCACUUUGCAGGUGAAGUAUGAUAGAAGCAAGUGAGGGUUCAAAUGAUGAAGUUGGUAGCAUAAGAACUGGUUUCAUUCUGUGCAAGUCUACAAAAGAAGAUAUGUGAAGGCCCUAGGAAGUGUGGUGUAAAAGUUAGACAUAUUAGCGUUUUGUUCUUGUAUAUUAGUUGUUGUUUCUGGGUGUGUCCCCAUGAAUUAUGUAGUAUGUACAUUCACAUUUAUGUGAAAAAUUGAGAUAUAAAUAAAAAUCUUUGAAUUUUGGUUAUUUAUUAGUAUUAAAUUAUAUUACAUGUAUAAUAUAUAUAUAUAUGUAUAUUGAAAUAUAUAUAUACUUAUGAUACUAAUGUAUC